ACCAAUCUCCCUCAUCAAUCAUCAUAUAACCCACUCACAAUGCUAAACAAAGCAUCAUGCAUCCAACUCCUCCAGAGCUGCAAAUCCAUGAAGAUGAAGCAGCUCAAACAGAUCCAAACCCAGAUGUUCCUUCUUGGACUACACCAAUGCAGAGCCACCCACAACAAGCUCAUGGUCUUGUGCACAGACCCAACUCUUGGAGACUUGCAUUACGCCGAGAAAAUCUUCGAUCACAUCCAAACCCCUGGUUUGUUCAUCUACAAUGUAAUGAUCAAGGCUUUAGCCAAAAGGAGAAGAUUCAAAAGCGUCAUUGAGCUCUUUCGGCGGUUGAGGGAAGAGGGCUUGUGGCCCGAUAAUUUCACGUACCCAUUUGCUUGUAAAGCCAUUGGAGGCUUGGGAGAGGCUCAGGAAGGUGCGAAGGUUCAUGGGUUUGCGGUAAAGACUGGAUUUCAGUUCGAUUCGUAUGUGUGUAACUCACUCAUUGACAUGUAUGCGGAAUUGGGUCUAGUUGAUAAUGUGAAGCAGGUGUUUGAUGAGAUGCCUGAGAGAGAUGUUGUUUCUUGGAAUGUUACGAUUUCAGGGUGUGUUAGGUGUAUGAGGUUUAGGGAGGCAGUGAGUGUGUUCCGGCGGAUGAGAAAAGAGAGCAAUGAGAAGCCGGAUGAAGCUACAGUUGUGAGCACGCUUUCGGCUUGCGCAGCACUGCAAGAUGUGGAGCUUGGUAGAGAAAUUCAUGACUAUGUUAGAGCUGAGCUUAAGUUCACUAGUAUAAUCGGAAAUGCGGUGUUGGAUAUGUAUGCCAAGUGUGGUUGUUUGAGUGAAGCAAGGAAAGUUUUCGAUGAAAUUCCGUUGAAAAAUGUCAUGUGUUGGACUAGUAUGGUGUGUGGGUAUGUGAAUUGUGGUAUGCUGGAUGAGGCUAGAGAGUUGUUUGAUAGGAGUCCUACUAAGGAUGUUGUUCUAUGGACGGCUAUGAUGAAUGGGUAUGUACAGUAUAACCAAUUUGAUGAGGCAGUGGCUCUAUUCCAAGAGAUGCAAUUUAGAAGAGUUCAAGUGGAUAAAUUCACAGUUGUUGCGCUCCUCACAGGCUGUGCUCAGUUGGGAGCAUUAGAGCAAGGGAAAUGGAUUCACGGAUACAUAGACGAAAAUGGAAUCAAAAUUGAUGCAGUUGUUGGUACUGCUCUUAUAGAAAUGUAUGCAAAAUGUGGGUGCAUAGACAAGUCUCUGGAGAUUUUCAAUGCAUUGAAUGAAAAAGAUGCAGCCACUUGGACUUCAAUAGUCUGCGCGCUUGCAAUGAAUGGCAAAACAAGCAAAGCACUCGAGUUGUUCUCCAAAAUGAAGCAGGUUAGGAUCAACCCUGAUGAUAUCACCUUCAUUGGUGUCUUGAGUGCUUGUAGUCAUGGAGGAUUGGUUGACGAAGGACGAAAGUUGUUCAACUCCAUGAGAAAGGACUAUGGGAUCGAGCCAAAGCUGGAACAUUACGGGUGUCUGAUUGACCUUCUUGGUCGGGCUGGACUCCUAGACCAGGCAGAGGAGCUGAUAGAAAGAAUUCCCAGUGAAAACAAUAAGAUUGUAGUUCCACUUCACAGUUCUUUACUCGGUGCUUGCAGAAUCCAUGGCAAUGUUGACAUGAGCCUAAGUGAAAGAGUGGCUAAAAGGCUAUCGGAUAUUGAGUCCAGCGGCUCGAGUGCUCACACGCUUCUGGCCAACAUCUACGCAGAUGCUGAGAGAUGGGAAGAUGUAACAAAGGUGAGGAGGAGAAUGAGAGAUCUCGGAGUCAAAAAGAUGCCUGGGUGCAGUUCGGUUGAGAUUAAUGGCAUUGUCCAUGAGUUCCUUGUUGGUGAUUCAUCUCACCCAGAAACGGAAAAGAUAUACUCUAUGUUGCAUAGAUUGAUAAAGCCAUUAGUGGAUUUAGAAGAGAAUUACGGAAUAGAAACAGAAAUCUCAGGUUUAGUAAGUUUCUGUUGAAUUAAUCAACAUGUUCUGAUAUUCUUAUAUCACAAAUGAAAUUUGGAUCAACAGCAAAACAAAAAACUUGAAACUAACAUCAUCAAACAGAAUGUAUAACAAUAAUUAAUAUCAUUUAUUGUUGGAUUUUGCUGGCUGCUUACACAAUACAUAUUUUAUGAAACUAUAGCUACCUACCCUCGAUGACAUACACAUAUUAAUUAGGUCACUGGUAGCAGGAUGAACAUGUAGAUGAAGAUGACGUCCAUGCAUAAAAUAACUAAAUAAGUAAACGUACACUAGCUACCCAAUAUCCUUGGAGAAACUAGACCCACUCCUUUCGAUAUAUAAUAUCACUCAUCACUCAUCACAGUAUUUAAGCUAAUAAUCCUAAGAGCUCCUAAUGUGGUAAGUACGUACUAAGCCAUGGCCACAAGCAUUAUUAACUUGGUACCAUCAAUUUAUUCAGCAUGAUCAUAUUAACCUAGCUAGCUAGUACGCUAUAUGUGACUUACGCGUAAUGGAUAUCAAUGCAAUACUAAGCUACUGAUUAACAAGUAGAAAAGUAGUAUUAGUCUAUCUACUUAUGCAGCGGGAGCGAAAUCGUAAUCUGCAUCAUCAUCGUCGUCGCCGUCCCCUUCAGUGAUCACAGCCGGCGAAAAACGAUUAUAAUAUUUAUCACGACCGUCGUCCUUGCCAUAACACUCAAUAUCCACGUGCUUAAUGUUGCCCCACAAAGCAACAUUAGUGCUGGAAAUGGGACACAUUUUAUAACUCGGUGAUUACGAGAACUAAACUGAUCGAAGAGAAAAGAGUUGGAUUUAGUUACUUGGGUUGUCUUAA